AUGGAUUUGAGACUAAUUCUAAACCGUGAUGACUGGUUUCCGCCCACGUUGACCAACCUUGCCCAUGCAGAUAAAACCACUUCUAGGCUGAAGGGUAGGUUAACCCCAACCCAGAUAGACAUGUUUAGGCAAACGUGUUUCGGUCCCAUUUUGGACAUGGACGUAGUUUUUAACGGACCAUUAAUACAUCAUCUAUUGUUGAGAGAGGUUGAAGAGCCUAGGCAGGACAUCAUUAGUUUCGACCUGUUUGGGAAAAGGGUCUCCUUUGGUAAGCGGGAGUUUGACCUAAUCACCGGCCUCAGUUAUAGGAUGAUUAGGGUAGAUAACGAUAUUCCUGGCCGACGACUUCGAGCACGUUACUUUAAGGAUAGUGUCAGGGUUAAGUGUAGUGAGUUAGAGAAGAUUUUUAUGGAAACAGUUUUUUACGACGAUGAGGAUGCUGUCAAGGUUGGCAUAGUUUACUUCGUCGAGCUUGCCAUGAUGGGGAAGGAGAGGAAGCAGUUUAUAGAUGCGACCCUUUUAGGGGUUGUGGAUAGGUGGGAGCUAUUCUGCAAUCACGACUGGAGUUCGUUGAUUUUCGAAAGAACACUUUGGAGCCUGAAGAACGCCGUGAAUGAUAAACUGCCGGCGUACCAAUAG